UGAAAAACAGUCCGGCCCUGAUCUAAAGCAAAGAAGCGGAGCAGCCGAUCCACAGAGACGAAAUUGGACGCAUCAGUGCAUCACGAUUCACGCACUUGUCGCACGCCUUAUCGCACUCGCAGCUCCACGCUCUCCCGCUCCGCCGCUCUCCCGCUCCGCUGCUCUCAUCUCUGGAGGCUGGACACGCACGAACGCACCAUCUGCUGGUCUCCGUCUGCUCCUGCUUGUCUCUAAACUGCUGUCUUCGUCUCUCAAGCCUUGAAGACUCCUGUCUCGACUCUCGACACAGCCAACUUGGUGUGUGCUCGUCUGCUUCUGCUCGUCUGCUAAGCCAAGUCUAUAGUUGGCCACCCCCUCACAUCUGUCCUGGUUACGCCCCUGUUUGAGAUCCGUCCCUGGUUCUGCUUCAGUCUCCCUUACGCGGGCUACGCCUAGGACGUUAUCUGGGCGAAGAGUCAUAGGCGGUAAUUGAUACUGCAACUAUUUCUGUAUAGCUCUGGUUGAAGCGAUCACACAAGAAUUAAAAAUGUCAGGUAGAAAAGAAACGGUUUUAGAUUUGGCUAAGUUUGUUGACAAGGGCGUGCAAGUUAAGCUUACUGGUGGCAGACAAGUCGUUGGAACACUAAAAGGCUAUGACCAAUUGCUGAAUCUUGUCUUGGAUGAAGCCAUCGAGUAUCUUAGAGAUUCUGAUGAUCCUCUCAAGACAACAGAUCUAACACGGCGCCUUGGAUUAAUUGUCUGUAGAGGGACUGCAGUGAUGCUUGUGGCGCCAACAGAUGGAACUGAUGAGAUCGCCAAUCCUUUUCUCCAGCCCGAUGGUUCUUAGAUCCGCCACUCAUCAUCAACGAUCUAUCUAUUAUUUACCUCUUUUUGUGUAAAACAGCUUAUGCUUUGUUUGCUUCCCUGUAUCUAAGGGUUCAAGAUAGGACAGGAGGAUCUGCCAUGGGAGAAGCUUUAUAUAUACAAAGUGUUGUCUUUAGACUGUUUUUAUGUUUAUGAAUGGGUGAAUUUGACUUUUUGCACCCCACUUUUUGCAUCCCACUUUUUGAUUGAUAUUGGAUUUUGCACCACAUCAUCAAAAAACUUUGUUUAUCAAUGGGGAAAUUGUUUUUGUUUCCUGAAA